CCCAAUUCGACGACCACACCAUGCCUCCCUUUUGGACAAUCGGCACCCUCUAUGGGGCGACAUCUGUCGCUGUUGGCGCCUUUGGCGCCCACGGCCUAAAGAAGCGCAUUGCCGACCCGCAGCGCAUCACCAACUGGAGCACCGCGGCGCAGUACCAACUCAUUCAUUCCGCCGUCCUCACCUUCGCCUCCGUUGUCGCGCCGCAAAAUACGCUUGCUAUGGGGCUCUUCACGGCGGGCAUGACUAUGUUCAGUGGCAGCAUAUAUCUGCUUGUAUUGGAUCCGCAGAGGUGGAAAUUCCUGGGCCCGGUGACUCCGCUGGGCGGGCUAUGCUUGAUUGGAGGGUGGGUUGCGCUGGCGGUGGGGAAGAGGCCCAUUAUGCCCAAGUUCAAAUAGAGAGAAGAUAUAGGCUCGGAGAGGCGCGCGAAAGGG